CCGGAUUGUGAUGAUUGGAAAGAGUGAUGAAGAUAAAGUGACACUUGGAAACAUUAUCACCGGGAAAAAUGACUUUCUUCAUCAAAAGAAACUCGUGCAAUCUGCGUCUGCCUGCACUCAGUGGAGUAGAAAACCUAUGACUGUUGUGAAAAGUGCAUAAAUCUUCAGCUGUCCCAUGGAAAAGGUGGUGGCACACGAGAUGAGAAAGUGCGUGGUCUCCUGCCCUCCUGGACCAAAUGUUCUACUGCUGUUACUGAAUCCUUCUGACUUCUCUGAAGGUGACAAACAAAAGCUGAAAUCCAUCUUGAAUUUUUUUUUAUCAGGAUGCUUUUGAUUACUCAGUGGUCAUCCUAACACAGGCAGAAGAGCGAAAGAACUUUAAUGUGAACCAAAUCAUCUACAUGUGCAGGCAAAGGAAGCACACUAUGAACCUGAACAGCAGGACACCUCAUGAAGAUGACCUCAAAGAAUUAUUCAUGACGAUGGACAUUAUGGUGAGUGAAAAUAGAGGAGGACAUCUAAACUGUACUUUGGGAGAUGAACCUGAGUGGGAACCACCUUAUGUUUCUAAAUCCCGCGUGAACCUGGUGUUAUGUGGACGAUCUGAAGCCUGGAAGUCUAUAACAGUCAAAGCAAUUCUAGGAAAAAGACAUUUUGAUGCCAAUGCCAGUGUAGAGUGUGUUAAAAAUGAGGGAGAGGUGCACAGCCAUUUGGUUUCUCUGGUGGAGCUGCCUGCCUUGUAUGGAAUACCUCAGGAGACAAUAAUGAAGGAAUCAGCGAGGAGCAUCAGCCUCUGUGGUCCAGACGGUGUCCACGCCUUCAUCUUGGUCCUACCUAAUGGCAUCCUGACUUCUGAAGAUAAUGAAGAGUUGGACCUCAUCCAGAAAACAUUCAGCUCUAAGGUCAAAGACUUCACCAUGCUUCUGUUCACUAUAGAGUCAGAUCCUACAGCUCCAGCAAGGUUCCUUCAUCAAAAUGAGGAGAUCCAAGACCUCUGUCAAAGCUUUGGUAACAGAUAUGUUGUCUUCAAUGUCAACAACAAGCAGCAUGUAUAUCAGGUGUUUGACAGCGUGAACAUAAUGAGAGGUGCAAAAUCCAGAUCCUUCACAAAGGAUAUGUUUCCCAACCCUCCAACUCCUAGGAUUAGAAGAAAGGAAUCUAUAAUGAGGAUGGCCUCUAAUGAAAUCCGGAGCAGAGAAUGUCUGAGGAUGGUCCUGGUAGGGAAGACAGGCUGCGGGAAGAGCGCCACUGGUAACACCAUUUUCAACAGAGAAUGCUUCAAUUCCAAAGUCAGUGGAAAAGGAGUCACCAGAGUUUGCCAGAAAGAAAUCCAAAAGGUGAACAGGCAGCUCAUUGCAGUGGUGGACACCCCUGGCUUGUUUGACACGUCUCUGCCCAAUGACGACAUUAAAAGGGAGGUCAUAAAAUGCAUCAACAUGUUGGCUCCUGGACCUCACGUGUUCUUACUGGUCCUGCAGAUCGGCCGCAUCACGCCAGAGGAAAAAGAGGCCAUCGAGCUGAUCAUGGAGGUUUUUGGUGAAAAGUCAAAAGACUUCAUCAUCAUUAUAUUCACCAGAGGAGAUGAACUUAAAAACAAGACAAUUGACAGUUACAUAGAAAGCAGUGACGAGUUUGUCAAAAAGAUGAUAGCUGACUGCGGAGGAAGAUACCAGGUCUUCAACAACAAUGACCCGAAGAACAGCAGACAAGUCACUGAGUUACUGAGGAAGACUGAGUCAAUGAUGAGAAGAAAUAACUUUCACUACUACACCACAGAAAUGUUCCAAGAGGUGGAGGAUGCCAUACAAAAAGAAACGCAAAGGAUCCUGAAGGAGAAGGAAGAAGCUCAAGAUAAACAGGACCUUCAACAAAAACUGGUCGCAGAAAUGGGAGCAAUGAAGAUUUUAGGCAAACAAAGAUCCAAAAGUGAACAAGAAAGAGAAAUCAAAGCCAGACAGCUCAAGGUAAAGGGGGAACAUCUCAAGAAAGAGCUGGAGAAGAGAAAUAGUGAAGAGAAAAGGAGAGAAAACGACAAAGCAAAGCAGAAAUUACAACAAGAAGCGGCACAACAACAGUGGAGAGAAAAAUUUGAACUCAUAGAUGAACAAAUAAGAAAUGCAAAUGCUAACAGAAGACUGAAAGAGAUGAGAGAGGAGAUGAGAAUAGAACGCGAGGCUUGGGAAAAAGAACUCAGGGAGUGGUGCGAAAGACAAUUUCGAGAAGAAGAACAGCGACGAGAAGUGGAACAUGCACAUCUUCAAAAGAUCCGCGACGAAUAUGAACUAGAAAGACAGGAAUAUGAAUGGCUAAGACAAGGAGAAGAGCAACGCCAAAGGCAAGCGGAGGACAGAGAGCGGAAAGCAUUACAAGAAAUGCACAACAAACAGCUGGAGGAGCAGAAGAAGAAGAUCGAAGAGGCCAGAAAGCAGGCUGAAGAAAACAGUGUGCUCAAUCAAAAGUACAACCAGCUGGUCAAUGUUUUGAUCGACAAGCACAUCCAGAAAAUAGAUGAUAUGAAGCAGCACCAACAAAGACAGAGAGACGCCAUCAUACAAAACCUGAUCCAAAAACCAUCUUACAAAAAACAAUACUACAAAUUAAUAGAAAAACAACUACAAGAAGUGUCGGACCAUGAAGCCAGUCAUGAAGACGUGGUUGAACUGAAGAAAAAACACGAAAAUGAAAUAAAUUCAUUCAUUCAGGAAUAUGUGAAGAAAGCAGGAAGAACGAUUUGUUCCAUUAUGUGAGUCUUUGACGAGCAACCGCACAAUUUCUGGCACUGUUUGAAAAACAACAAAUCAAAUAGCUACACUUAAAAGUCUCCUUUAAAAGCCCAAAUGUAAAUUUCUGUGAAGGUUAAACAACACUCAUUUUCCCCACAAGGGGCGGUGUUGUACAAUGUUUGGUGAAGUAAAACUGAGCUCUGACACUGAUGACUCUAAAAUUUAGCAAAAGAAGUGUGCCACAGUGGUGGCACAGAGGUGUGUAUGUCUACCUGAGGUUGGAGGGAAAAACAUUGAUUAUGAUGAGAAGGAGGACGUGAAAACAAAAUGAGAUGAACAGCUCUGAUGUCGAAAUUUAGGAAGUGGUCCUUGGUAAGAGUGUCAUACAUACAAAAACAGACAUGCUUGUAUUUAUUUAUUUAUUUUGUGUGCCACAGCAUAGGUGAGCCAAAGGCACAAAGUGGGUUUUUCAUGUGUGUCUGACUGGCCCUCAUGCCAGACAUAAACAGUGGAAAACUCCUUUCACCCAGAUGCUUAUGAUCACACAAGAUGAAUAUGACGUGAGGCAGUUUCUAUGCAUUGUUUUACAUAAGAUAAAAGGUGCAGACUGCAUGGAUGCAUGCAGUCUAUGGUGCAUUCUGAUGAAACAAAAUACUGAGUAAUUCUGGUAAUAAUUACUUCAGCCCACCUCCAGAUAUAAAAUCAUAUAAAGCCAUACAAUACCUGCCCCGACUGAAUAAUACAUUGAGGAAUUUAUCAGUUUAUCAUACUGAUAAAGAUUUCCAUAGUAGAGAUUUGGUAGCUUUCUGCACUGACCAUGAUUCACAUUCAUUAAUAAGGUGAAA